ACAGUGACAAACUCGACUCAUUACUAGACAACAAUUACAAUAAUGAAAUGAAUGUACAGGAACCAAAAAUCUCCUUAUAGCAGCAACUAAGCAUACCAUAUAAACAGCUGUUACUCUCAAACUCCUAAUCCUAUUCAGACCACGAAAAACCAACUACAUCAUCCAUGGCAACCCCCAGCCCCACCAGAUUAUCCCUUGCCAUGGAGAGAACCGGGCAAUGGAUUUUCUCCCCAGAAAUCCCAGCCGAUGUUAUUGUUACAGUGGGGGAAGCCGAUUUUUCUCUACACAAGUUUAUUCUGGCGGCAAAGAGCAACUACAUCAGAAAGGUGAUAAUGGAAUCAGAGGAGAGUGACCUAACCAGAAUAGACCUCACGAACAUACCUGGAGGCCAAGAAGCUUUCGAGAAAUUAGCGAAGUUUUGUUACGGCGUCAAUUUCGAGAUCACCGUACACAACGUCGCUCCGUUGCACUGCGCCGCCGUGUUCCUGCAGAUGACCGACGAAUAUUGCAACGGAAACCUCGCUGGAAGAACGGAGGAUUUCCUCUCUCAGGUCGGCGUCUCCACUCUCCACAGUGCCGUCGCGGUCCUCAAGUCCUGCCAGCAGAUUCUUCCCUUCGCCGUCGAAGUCAACCUCGUUGACCGCUUCGUUGACGUAAUCAGCUCCAAGGCUUGCAGUGAGGCGAACUUUCCGAGCCAGUCCCCGCCGAACUGGUGGACGGAGGAGCUCGCCGUGCUAGACGUAGAUUCCUUCGCGAAGGUGAUUGCCGCCAUGAAACAGCGCGGCGCUAAGUAUCUAACCAUCGCCGGAGCGUUGAUCACAUACACCGAACGCACACUGCGGGAGCUCGUCCGCGACCACAGCGGCGGCGGAAGAGCAAUCGUGUCGUCAAAAUCCAGCGACUCGGAUUCGGAGUCGAGAAGAAGCGAACAACGCGAGAUUCUGCAGUCUAUUGUCCCGCUCUUCCCGACGGAGAAAGCAGCGUUUCCAAUCAACUUCCUCUGCUGUCUCCUGCGGUGCGCGAUCUAUCUCCGCGCGUCGAGUUCGUGCAAGCGCGAACUCGAGAAGCGCGUCACAGAGAUCCUGGAGCACGUGACGGUGGACGACCUCCUCGUGAUUACGUUCUCCUACGACGGCGAGAGGCUCUUGGAUCUGGACAGCAUGAGGAGAAUCGUCUCCGGCUUCGUGGAAAAGGAGAAGAGCACGACGGUGUUCAACGCUGGCGUCAACUUCAACGAACACUUCUCCGCCGCGAUGCAGCGCGUGGCCAAAAUCGUGGACACUUACCUCGCUGAGAUCGCCGCUUACGGCGAACUCUCCAUCUCUAAGUUCAACGGCAUAUCCAUCCUCAUUCCCAGAGGCGCUAGAAAAUCCGACGAUGAUCUAUACCGCGCCGUCGAUAUCUACCUCAAGGUGCACCCGAACCUGGACGAGAUAGAGAAGGAGAAGGUGUGCAGUGUAAUGGACCCACUGAAACUAUCAUACGAGGCGCGUGUGCACGCGUCGAAGAACAAGCGAUUACCGUUGCAGAUCGUGCUUCACGCGCUGUAUUACGACCAACUACACCUAAGGAGUGGUAUGGCGGAGGACAAGGAGGCGGUGGCGGUGGCAGCUGCAGUGGAGAAGAAACAGCUUCAAGCUGACGUGUCGCUGGUGAGGGAGAACGAGGAGUUGCGAUCGGAGCUGAUGAAGAUGAAAAUGUACAUUACCGAUUUGCAGAAAAAUGUGCAAGGAACGUCGUCGUCUGGGAAGGAAACUCCUGGGCCUGUUAAAAGGCCCACAUUUUUCUCAUCCAUGUCGAAGAAACUGAGCAAAUUGAACCCGUUCAAGAAUGGGUCUAAGGACACGUCACACAUCGACGAUGCCCCGGUGGACUUGACCAAGCCCAGAAGGCGAAGGUUCUCCAUUUCCUAGAUUUCUUCCAUUCAGCCAUCGUCACUGUUCUGUGAAUUCAAAUUUCCAUGCUUUUUAGUCAAAAUACAUCCCUCUUUGUUAAAAGUAUUUUUUUAAAAUUAGUUAUGUUUCUUUUUGUCUUUGUUGUUAUUUUUUUUUGUAAUGAAGGUGUUAAUUUGUAAUUAGUAAAAAGAGUGAAGUGUGAUUGGAUUUCUUAUA